UGCUGAUUUGUAGAAAACCGCACGUGAUAUCAAUUUUACCGGCAUCACGUGACUUUCAUGUCAGCUCGCCCGUCGUGUUUCAGUGUGCUGUAGUUAAAGAUGCUCGCCUGUCUGCUAACCUUAUGACUUCUUGGACAAAGGGGAUCAACAGAGGACACGUAAAGGUUGGACAAGGCCGCCGAGGACCUUACCUCUGUCAGAGCAUUGGUACAAAGACCUGAGGACAGAAUGGAAAACAGCCCAGAAUCAAAAAUACGGAAUGGCCAGCCUGAGGGUCCUGAAGCCCCCUCACAGCCUAAAGAAAGCAUGCAGCUCAAAAAGGAAAUCUCUCUGCUGAAUGGCAUCAGCCUUAUUGUGGGCAACAUGAUUGGUUCAGGGAUUUUUGUGUCUCCGAAGGGAGUUCUUUUCUACAGUGCCUCCUAUGGACUGUCACUAGUCAUCUGGGUCAUCGGGGGCAUCUUUUCAGUGGUGGGGGCUCUCUGUUAUGCUGAACUGGGCACCACCAUCCCCAAGUCUGGUGCCAGCUACGCUUACAUCCUAGAGUCGUUUGGAGGCUUCAUAGCGUUUAUACGUUUGUGGACGUCACUGCUUAUCAUCGAACCGACGAGUCAGGCUGUCAUCGCCAUCACUUUCGCAAACUACUUGGUUCAGCCGCUCUUCCCCACAUGCGAGGCCCCGUAUUCUGCUUCUCGCCUCAUUGCUGCUGCAUGCAUAUGCCUCCUGACCUUUAUUAAUUCAGCUCAUGUCAAGUGGGGUACCAGGGUGCAAGAUGUGUUCACUUACGCUAAAGUGCUGGCCCUUAUUGUCAUUAUCAUCACUGGGAUUAUCAAACUGUGCCAAGGUUACACAAGGAACUUUGAGGACUCUUUUCAAGGCUCUUCUCGAGACCCAGGAGCGAUUGCUUUGGCCUUGUACUCUGCACUUUUCUCAUACUCGGGCUGGGACACUCUUAACUUUGUCACAGAAGAGAUUAAGAACCCUGAAAGAAAUCUUCCCCUCUCCAUUGCCAUCUCCAUGCCGAUCGUUACGAUCAUCUACAUCCUCACAAACAUCGCUUACUAUGCAGUGCUUGAUAUAAGUGCAAUCCUUGCCAGCGAUGCUGUUGCUGUGACAUUUGCAGACCACACUUUGGGUGUGAUGAGCUGGACCAUCCCUAUUGCGGUCGCUUUGUCCUGCUAUGGAGGGCUUAACUCUUCAAUCAUUGCUGCAUCAAGGUUAUUCUUCGUGGGAGCUCGAGAAGGUCAUCUGCCUGAUGCGUUGUCCAUGAUUCACAUGGAGAGAUUCACACCGGUUCCCGCACUCCUCUUUAAUUGUGCCAUGGCUCUUUUGUACCUGACAGUGGAGGAUGUGUUCCAGUUAAUAAACUAUUACAGCUUUAGUUACUGGUUUUUUGUUGGCCUGUCCAUUGCCGGGCAGAUCUACCUUCGCUGGAAAGAGCCAGACAGACAUCGACCACUGAAGUUGAGUCUGGUGUAUCCUAUUAUCUUCUGCAUGUGCGUUGUGUUCCUGGUGGCUGUGCCUCUUUAUUCUGACACACUCAACUCACUUAUCGGGAUUGCCAUUGCCCUCUCUGGGGUGCCUGUUUACUUCUUGGGUGUUUAUCUUCCAGAGUCUAAGCGCCCACCCAUCAUCACUAAAUUACUGCGUGCCAUUACCCGCUUCACCCAGUUCACCUGCUUUUGUGUGCUCACUGAAAUGGACACGAGUGAAUAAAUCACAUUUAAUUUAUUGAUCAGAUACUCACACACCACCACUUUAAUGACUUGAGGGGAGAAGAAACCAAGAUCUGGAGAUAAGGGACACAUAUCUUCUACACUAUUUAAGUGCGUUGGAUUUCGCUUUUCGUUAUAAUUAAAGGUCUCUGUUGAGGCUAUGGUGCACUGUCUGUGGUGGUAGGAAUACUGCAUCAUGAACCACAUGGCAUGAAAAAAUGGUCCAGCUAAAGACUUCUGGUUCAGACUGGCAUCAGAGCACACAAAUGAUGCAGUAUUGAUUCAUAAAAGAAGCGGUUUUGAGCAGGAUUCAAUGGUUGGGAAUAUGGACGAGAGCUCCUUAAGUAUUUGUCUUUUUUUUAAUCAAACAUGGUUUUGUUUAGAAUUAAGUGUUUAAGAUAUACUUUCAUUUUUAAAGACAUUUUGAUAUUUU